AUCUAUCUAUCUAUCUAUCACUCUGUCUCUUCCUCAAUUUCUAUCUCUCUGUCUCUCUUUCUGUCUUUCUGUCUGUCUCUCUCUCUCUCCCUGUUUUUCUCUCCCUGUCUCACUCUCUCUCUCUCUCUCUCUCUCUCUCUCUCCCUGUUUUUCUCUCCCUGUCUCACUCUCUCUCUCACUCUCUCUCUCUCUCUCUUUUUCUCAGUCCUCACAUCAGCUUGUUGCUGGAACUCCAUUCAGUCCUUUGCGUAUGAAGCUCCUUCACUCGUCUCUCCUCCACUGUUAUUUGUUUUUUUCAAGGAGUGAUGUGAUGAAGUGAUGAUGUGAUGAAGUGAUGAUGUGAUGAUGUGAUGAAGUGAUGAUGUGAUGAAGUGAUGAAGUGAUGAUGUGAUGAAGUGAUGAUGUGAUGAAGUGAUGUCCAUCGUCCGGAUGCAGAUCCUGAUGUUUGUGUUGCUCAUCGCCGCUCGAGGGAUCUGAAGUGCCUGUCCUGUCGAUAGAGGACCAAUGAGGAAGACGGACGUCUCCGGCUGUAGCUACCUCCAAACUCACGCCUCGCUUUAGAGGAAUAAAAGCUGCUAAACAAUCCCUCCAUCCUGCACACGUCCAUCAUCAUCAUCUUCAGAAAGGACUGCACUCCUCUCUCUCUCUCUCUCUCUCUCUCUCUCUCUCUCAGGACUGAAGAAUGGCCAGUGAACCCGUCAUCCUCAACGUCUACGACAUGUACUGGAUUAAUGAAUACACAUCCACUCUGGGGAUCGGAGUCUUCCACUCAGGAAUACAGCUCUAUGGCAGAGAAUUUGCAUAUGGAGGUCAUCCGUAUCCUUUCAGUGGGGUGUUUGAGAUCACCCCAGGAAACGCCAGUGAGCUCGGAGAGACUUUUAAAUUCAAAGAGGCAAUUGCUUUGGGUACGACGGACUUCACAGAGGAGGAUGUUGAUAAGAUCAUGGAGGAACUGGGCAAAGAGUUUAAAGGAAAUGCGUACCACCUGAUGCACAAAAACUGCAACCAUUUCUCUUCUGCCCUGUCUGAGUUGCUGUGUGGGUGUGAGAUCCCGCGCUGGGUGAACCGUUUGGCGUAUUUCAGCUCGUGUGUGCCGUUCCUGCAGAGCUGUUUACCGAGAGAGUGGCUCACACCGGCCGCCCUGCAGAGCCACAUCAGCAUGCACAGAGAAGACACACACUCUCACACACACUCUCACACACACACGCACUCAUACACACACUCAUACACACACUCACACACACACUCACACACACAUGAUUCCAGCUCCAGUGAUGAAGAGCCGUCAGGGGCUGUGGGAGGAAGAUCACACAGCUGCAGACACACUCGAGUGUGACACACACACACACACACACACACACAACCGUCUUCUGGCUCCACUUUUUCAUCCUCGUGAAACAUUGAACUGUGCCGUUGUGCUUUGUGUAUUUUUUUUUUUUCACAACCAAUCAGCAGCAGGCGAGUGAUGGACGGUUCAGACUGACCAAUCACAGGCCCCAGAUUUGCUCCUCCCCCUCUGUGGUACUGUAAACUCGGGACUCUUCUCAGACUUUUAGACUACUUUUAAUGGUGAAUGAAUUUUUUCCAAGGCGAACUUACAUAUAAAACUAUCGGAUUUAUUAGAAAUUAGUUUUUAUACUUUGUAAAUAUUUUAAUGGUUGAUUUAUGACUAUUAAUAUCAGCCGAUUACAGAAGGAUUUAAAUAUUCAUAAUUAUAUUUAACAUUUAUUUCAUAUUUGUUGUGAAUGGGUUUGAUUAUUCAGCUGUUUUGAUUUGACAUGAUGUGUGAGUGCAUUAUUGUAUUUUAUUAAAUUUAAUUCCGCUUUCAUUUCUAUACAUACAGUAUUUUUUAUGUAUAUAAUUCCGCACAUUAGUGCUGAGGAUGUUUUAGAGUGUGUGUGGGUUUUUAAGCUAAGCAUGUCGUUGGAAGUGUGUGAUGCGAGUGUGUGAUGCGAGUGUGUGUUAAAAUAAGCUCAGUGUUCGGUUCUGAUUCAGAUUUUUGUCCUUUCUUAGCGAAGUAAAGAAUCUCACAGAAUCUGAAAGUUUAAAAAAAAACAAAAAGGCUGAGAUCAAAUUUUAUACCUUGAGUGUGACACACAUGAUUUUACCAAGACAUGCAAAAGGGGGCGGGGCUUAAAUUCAUCUAGUCAUAAACUUGGUCAUGUGACAUCCACUGAUAAAACACUGGAUUUAUGCUGCAUUCACAGGAACUCGGACAUGGGAAGUCCAAACUUGGAAGUAUGUAGUUUUCGAGCUACAUAGUGGGAAAAAACAUGGACGCCUCCAUGAAAGUGUGUGUUUUGUUAGCAGUAAGAUAACAAAACCAGCAAACAUCAGUGAUAAUUAGUUUAUGAUUUAUUUACUCUCUCAGAACAGUGCGCUGUGCACUCCGUGUGCUAGAUUUAACCGACUAAUUUUGACUGAUCUAAAGUAAACACUACUGUAAAGUAGUGAAGUGAUAUUUUAUUUACUGCUGACGGUGUGAGCGGCUGAAUAAGAGUUUCAUGUUGAGGAAUGUUUUCUUUGGCUUUUCCUUGUCAGAAGUUCUGAGUUAUGAGCUUUGAUCAAAUGCAGCCUGAAUCACAGUAUAAUCAUUUAGCACCAUGAUCUACACUAACCAGCUACGUCUUCACUGUAAAUGUAACUUAAAACAUAAUUUACAGUGAAGCUCUGAAAUAACUUUUAGAAAAUGACCACAACAGCGGCUGGGUUGGUGCUUUUUUUUUCUUUUAAUUAAAUGUUUAUUUAAAGAUGUAGGCUACAAUAAUUCAGCAUUUAUAGCAAUAAAGUAACAUGAAAGUGCAAAAUUUCAUUAAAGAAACCUAAUAAAAAAAAAACAAUCAACCUUUUAAUUAUCUGUAUUUCUGAUUUAUUUUUCUGUAUUUCUCAUUUCACUGCAGCCGCCAUGUUGGUGUGACAUCACAGAAUUCCCUGUUGGAAAAGUCUUUCCGAGUGGGAAUAACAGUUUAGAAAGAUGGAAAUAGAUUAUUUCAAAGUCUAAAUUAAAAUUUCAGAAUCUGUUCAUUAGGUAAACUGUAGUGCUGAUCAAAUGUCAACUUAAGCUCCGCCCCCUUUUUUGACCUUAGGACAUCACACACUCAGCUGUAUGGAAAAGCAGCCAUAACGUGUGUGUGUGUGUGUGUGUGUGUGUGUGUGUGUGUGGUAUGAUGAUAACCCUCUAACCUCAGAGAGCUUUAGAACCUCGUGACCUUUAACAUUUGAGAGUAAGUGAUUAUUUUGUACGCACUGUGCCGUUUAUCAGAACGCCGGAUCAGACGUCUGAUCAGUGCCGCCUGUCAAUCAAACCCUUUAUCCUCUUCUUUGAUGUCAUACAGGUUGCCAUGGAAACACACGUCUUAAUGAGUUUUGUACAUCAUAUAAUAAUUUGAUUUAUACUGGUACAGUAUUUGCUUUUGAUUUCCUUCGCUGAUGGAUGAUUUUUUUGGACGUUUUUUCUACGUUUGUCAGAUUUAAAAUAUAUGGACUGGAAUCAAAUUUUAUGAUCUGAAAUACAAUAUUAGAGUUUUACAAAGAUAAAUAAAGGCUUAAAAAGUUAAACUAUCAAGUUUCUGUUUUUUUAAUGGUGUUAAGAAAAUACACAAACACAGGGGUUUUAGUAUUCAUAAAAGACUGCUAGUGUUUUUUUGUUAUUUAUUUAUUUAUUUUAUUUAACCCGGUUUGGAUGAAGCUCUCUGUUUACUGGUCAAACAGUGAGCGGGGAAAUGAGGUUGCUCUGCAGGGUUCCUGGAAUGGCUCUCUGUGAUGGGAACUCGGAGUAGAGCCGCUGCUCCUCUGAAUGGAGAGGAACCGGUUGAUGUGGUUUAGACGCCUCACAUGGUGGAGCUGUAUCAGACCCUGCGGCAGACCCGGGACUCGCUGGAAAGAUUAUAUCUCACAGUCAGAUUGGGAACAUCUGGAGAUCCUGCAGAAGAAGCUGGAAUCUGUGGCUGAGCUUAGAGAAGUCUGCACUGAUCUUCUCAACCUGAUGCCAUUACUUCACUCUUAUAAACCUGAACCAUUCCAGAGCUUCUCAGAAGAUCUUCUUAACUGGUAGAGAGAGGAAGUGUACAGCGUGAUGCUCACGCCGCCAUUUUACAAUGGAAAUUCAGCACCUCAAAGCUAAAUAUUUUAGUAGAUCUGGUCUGUUGAUGCAUCGAUCCUUUCUGAUCCAUUAGCUCAACAUUCUGUCCUUAAGAUAAUAAAGUGAACGAUAAGGUUCGAUGCUCCAGGUUGGUCCAUAAGAGGAUGAUAGUUGAUUAACUGAUUGCUCAGUAUUUAGGAACAGAGCUGAGCCGAUACAGAAUCCUCACUCCACUGAUUUUCUGCAGAAGUCGUAAGUUUGCGUGCUAGUAUGGAAGAAUUUUUCUGUUAUUUUUUAUCAAUAUUAUUUGUCAAUCAGUAUUUGUUAAUCAGUAUCUAUGCAACAGUAUUGUAAUAUGAUCUUGUGUUAAACCAUGACCUUAAAUCACCUCAUGUAUUCAAGCAAGUACCUAACUUUCAGAGUUUUAUUCAUUCUGAUAACUCUUUAUUAAAAAUAAUAGGCAAGUAUAAUCAAAUAUAAG